UGUAAACGUGGUUGGAGGGAAUUGGAAUUGGAUGAAUCUUCGAUCGUUUGUAUUUCAAGGCUCAAGCCAGCUAGCUUUCUCGCAUCAAUAAUCGGAGAAGACAGACACACAAACCAACGGUGCUCAUGCUCUGGAUUAUCGAUACUUUUUCUUCUUUUUCUUUUUCCCCACUAAAACCAAGCCAAAAUGAUGCGGUUUGCUUCCUUCCUUGGCCUCCUCCUCCUUGUCGCUCGAUGCGUGCUGGGUCUGGCGCCUACUAGUAAUCAUCAUGCUGGUGUGAGCAGCAGUCGAUCCAUCAGUCCGGUAGCAAAGGUAGGAUAUCAGGCUCUGACCAUGAGCUCCACGUCGUAUGGACCCAUGACAAUCCUGGAAGACAAGCCUCAGCUCAUGAUUGGUGGUGGCCGUGGCUACCGCAACCUGUUGGUCGAUGCCGACGAAUUGGCGUUUCGACGCGAUAAUGGUAGUGCCCAAAAGAAGCUGGCAUUAAAGUGCCUUGGCGGCUACACGGCCGUUGUCUUGCUGUCGUUUGCGUUGCGAAAGCUGCCUCUUGUCCUUGCCAGCCUUCCCUAUUACUACCAGGCGUAUCCACUGUUGGCGGGUAUGGCCACGUGUGGUGUCAAGUCGGCCAUUGCCGAUGGCCUGUCUCAAGUGCAACAGAGCAGCAAGACUGCAACGACGUCCAUGUGUCUGAGACGGAACCUCUCGGCAUUGACGUAUGGAUCCACCAUUCUGGGGUUGGGAGGCAAAAUGGCCUACACGGAACUGUUCCCACGCAUCUUUGCCGCCAACAGUGGUCUGAUGGGUGCUGCCGGACGAUGUGCGCUGGACAACUUUGUCUUUGCGCCGCUGAUUUGGCUACCCGGUGCCUAUCUGGUCAAGGCUCUCUACUUUCGGUUGCCCGUCCGAGAAUCGGUCCUGCAAAAGUAUACCCAAGAUGUCCGCAAUGAGAAUCUAUUGCUCAAGUACUGGUCUCUUUGGGUGCCGGCCCAGCUGGUCAACUUUUCCCUCAUGCCCAAACACUUGCAAGUGCCAUUUACGGCUGGAAUUGGCUUUUUGUGGUUCCUCAUCUUGAGUCGCCUCACGUACAAGAAAGAAGCAUAGAGCAUGCAGAGGUCGAGACAAACAUUUGAGUUUGAUCUGACUCUAGAGAACCAAUCUGACCAUCAUCGCACGCGCACUCGACUCAUUCUAGGUGAACAAACUCACCUGUGAAGUGUAAGUUACAGCAGCAGCAUAAUAAGGCAACCAAGCAGACGCAGAUGUCGCCCGUUGCAAAGGCAACGAAGAGCUGCUCUUUCCCACAAGACAAAGUACAUACAAGCACCCACCUGAAUAUAUCAUCUGACGACUCUCGAAGGUCAAUGUAAGAUAGAAACACUGUAUACGUAUAAGCAUUCCUAGAUAUUAUCUUUGCAUACG